AUGAAGCAUCCCUCGACUGGCAUCCAGCUGCUUUCUGAGCAGAAGGGCCUCUCGCCGUGCUGCUUCAUCAGUGCCGAGGUGGUCCACUGGCUGGUGAACAAUGUGGAAGGCGUCCAGACCCAGGCGAUGGCCAUUGACAUCAUGCAGGCCGCUGUUAAAGCCAGGACAACUCCUUUAAAGUCUGCCACUGUCCCAGAGCAGAGGACAGUGACCCUGGAUGUCGAUGUGAACAACCGCACAGACCGGCUGGAGUGGUGCAGCUGCUAUUACCACGGCAACUUCUCCCUGAACGCGGCCUUCGAGGUCAAGCUGCACUGGAUGGCGGUGACUGCCGCCGUGCUCUUUGAGAUGGUCCAAGGUUGGCACCGGAAAGCCACCUCCUGUGGCUUCCUGUUGGUCCCGGUCUUGGAGGGUCCCUUUGCGCUGCCCAGUUACCUGUAUGGUGACCCCCUUCGUGCCCAGCUCUUCAUCCCGCUCAGCGUCAGCUGCCUGCUCAAGGAGGGCAGUGAGCACCUGUUCGACAGCUUUGAACCAGAGACGUAUUGGGAUCGAAUGCACCUUUUCCAGGAAGCCAUUGCACACAGGUUUGGGUUUGUACAAGAUAAAUAUUCAGCCUCUGCUUUUAACUUUCCUGCUGAGAACAAGCCUCAGUACAUCCAUGUUACAGGAACAGUCUUUCUGCAGCUCCCCUACUCCAAGCGGAAGUUCUCAGGGCAGCAGCGGCGGCGGCGGAACUCCACCAGCUCCUCCAGCCAGAACAUGUUCUGUGAGGAGCGCGUUGGCUACAACUGGGCUUACAACACCAUGCUGACCAAGACGUGGCGUUCUAGCGCCACGGGGGACGAGAAGUUUGCUGACAGGCUGCUGAAGGACUUCACGGACUUCUGUGUCAACCGAGACAACCGGCUGGUCACAUUCUGGAUGAAUUGCCUGGAGAAGAUGCAUGCCAGUGCCCCGUGA